AUGCCUACUCUUGUCAAUUAUAGUGGGGAUGAUGAAUUCUAUACUGGUGGGUCAGCUUGUUCCGCAGAUUCAAGCCUCUUGUUAUGUAUUGGUUCUCAUACAAAUGUUUACUGCCCUCCUCGGAAGCGGUCACGCAUCAGCGGCCCGUUUGUUUUUGGAGGGCACAUGUUUGAGGAGGAGAAGAAAUCAUCCAUUGAAACACUUCCCAAUGAAUGUCUAUAUGAGAUCUUCAGACGCCUGCCCGGAGGCCGAGCGAGGAGUGCCUCUGCUUGUGUGUCCAAGCGUUGGCUUAUGCUCCUAAGUAGUGUUCGGAAUUUUGAAAUUUGCAGGAGCAAAAGCACUCAUGAAGGAUCAGAUGCAGAUACAAUUGAUGAGUCUUUCAAUGAUAUUAAAUUUGUUUCAGCUGAAGAAGAUCUGGAAUUUGAGUGUGAUGGGCACCUUUCUAGGUCACUGGAAGGGAAGAAAGCGACGGAUAUUAGACUUGCGGCUAUUGCAGUUGGAACUGCCAGCCGUGGGGGACUUGGCAAGCUUUCGAUUCGGGGAAGCAACUCCAUCCGAGGAGUUACCAAUCUUGGUCUGUCAGCAAUUGCUGAUGGUUGCCCUUCUCUCAGGACUCUUUCGUUGUGGAAUGUCCCUUCAAUUGGGGACGAAGGUUUGUGUAACAUAGCAAGGGAAUGCCACUUGUUAGAGAAGCUCGACCUCUGCCAGUGUCCUCUGAUUUCCAGCAAGGGGGUGAUCGCAAUUGCUGAGAACUGCCCUAAUUUGACUGCUAUAACGAUUGAAUCUUGUUCAAAUAUUGGGAAUGGGAGCCUGCAAGCUGUGGGACGGUGCUGCCAAAAGCUACAUUCCAUUACUAUCAAGGACUGCCCUCUUGUUGGGGAUCAAGGAGUUGCGGGUCUCUUGUCAUUGACGACUUCUGUCUUGACAAAGGUUAAACUUCAGGAUUUGAACAUUACAGAUUUCUCUCUUGCGGUAAUUGGGCGCUAUGGCAAGGCCAUUACCAAUCUUGUGCUCAGUAAGCUUCAAAAGGUGAGCCAGAAGGGCUUUUGGGUCAUGGGUAAUGCUCAGGGUCUGCAGAAACUUGUGUCCUUGACAAUCACUUCAUGUCGGGGGACAACAGAUGUGAGUCUUGAAGCCAUGGGAAAGGGUUGUCCAAACCUGAAACAGAUGUCACUUCGGAAAUGUUGUUUUGUAUCGGACAAGGGGCUCAUAGCUUUUGCCAGAUCUGCUGGAUCUCUUGAGAGCCUUCAAUUGGAAGAAUGCAACAGGAUCACCCAAUCAGGUAUCUUGGGUGCGCUCUCAAACUGUAAUUCGAAGCUAAAGUCACUUGCCCUAGUCAAAUGCAUGGGAAUUAGGGAUCUACCUUUGGAAGCAACUAUGCUAUCCCCUUGCAAAUCUCUUCGAUUCUUGUCCAUCCGGAGCUGCCCUGGUUUUGGUAGUGCAAGCUUGGCUAUGGUCGGGAAGUUGUGUCCUCAGCUACACCAUCUAGACCUGAGUGGGCUCAUCGGAAUAAGUGAUGCGGGGCUUCUCCCACUUUUGGAGAGCUGUGAGGCAGGUCUUGUUAAG